AGCUUUUAAAGUGAAUGUUGUUAGUUCCGCUGUCUGGGCAUAGAAAAAGGGGGCAGUGCAGUCUAAUAGUAUAGAUCGAAGUUAUUUAUCAAUAAUGGCUGAAAGAACAAAGUCUGCAAAUCAAAUUAAAGAUUUUGCUGCACAGAAUCAGGCUCAAAAUCUCACCACAGAGUAUGGAGCACCCAUGGAAACUAAAACAGCCACCAUGACGGUUGGUCCUCGGGGUCCUAUUUUAAUACAGGACAACAACUUCAUCGAGGACAUGGCUCAUUUCGAUCGCGAAAGAAUUCCAGAAAGAGUUGUCCAUGCCAAGGGGGCAGGUGCAUUUGGUUAUUUUGAGACUACACAUGAUGUUACAAAAUACACAAGGCUUUCACCAUUUUCAAAAAUUGGAAAACGAACACCAGUUGGAGUUAGAUUUUCUACUGUUGGUGGAGAGUCUGGAAGUGCUGAUACAGCAAGAGAUCCACGUGGUUUUGCAGUCAAAUUUUACACAGAGGAAGGAAUAUGGGAUUUAGUGGGAAAUAAUACACCUAUAUUUUUUAUCCGUGAUCCAAUUUUGUUUCCAAGUUUUAUUCACACACAAAAGCGUAACCCACAAACCCAUUUAAAGGAUCCAGAUAUGUUUUGGGACUUCAUAUCAUUACGACCUGAAACUACACACCAAGUCAUGUUUUUGUUCAGCAAUCGUGGAACUCCUAAUGGUUACCGCCAUAUGAAUGGUUAUGGCAGUCAUACCUUUAAACUGGUAAACGACAAAGGAGAGGCUUGCUACUGCAAAUUUCAUUUCAAGACAGAUCAAGGAAUUAAAAAUUUGUCUGCAGAUGAGGCAACUGACAUAUCUGGAAAAAAUGCUGACUAUGCUAUCCAAGACUUGUAUGAUGCUAUUGCUGAUGGAAAAUUUCCGUCUUGGUCUGUACAACUUCAAGUAAUGACAUUGGAGGAAGCAGCUAAUUACUCAAGCAAUCCAUUUGAUGUGACAAAAGUAUGGCCUCACAGCGAGUUUCCAUUGAUUCCAGUUGGAAAAAUGGUUCUUGAUCGCAACCCAAAGAACUAUUUUGCAGAAGUUGAACAAAUCGCUUUUUCGCCUGCUCAUAUGCCGCCUGGUGUUGAAGCAUCACCCGAUAAGAUGUUACAGGGUCGAUUAUUCUCCUAUGGUGACACCCAUCGCCACCGAUUGGGUGCAAACUAUCAACAGUUGCCUGUUAACCGACCAACUGUGCCUGUUCGAAAUUACCAGAGAGAUGGUCCACAAGCAAUUGACAACCAAGACAAUGCACCUAAUUAUUUCCCAAAUAGUUUUAGCGGGCCUGCGGAGCAAAGUUUUGCUUCAGAUCAUGUGGAACAGUGUACUGGUGAAACACGCAGGUACCAAACUUCAGAUGAAGACAACUUUAGCCAACCUCGCUUAUUUUGGCUCAAUGUGUUGGACGAGAAAGAGAAGAGUGAUCUUGUGUCUAAUCUUGCUGGUCACCUGAAAGAUGCCCAGGAAUUUAUAAGAAACAGAACGGUCAAAAAUUUUACUCAAGUUCACGAAGAUUUUGGCAAAAGAUUACAAGAUGCCCUGGACGAACAUGUUAAGGCCGCCUUGACGAAAUCCAAUUUGUAGGCGAAGCAAAAACAAACACAGGAUAAUUUGCGAUAUGAGGCGCGAAGUGAUUAUUUUUAAUUAUUAUUCUUUUUAGGUACGCUUUCUUUUACGUUUUUAUCUUUCGUUUUUAAAACAAUGACACGCCAUUGGAUAACCACCAAACAUCGAAGACUUAAAAUGUACUUUUUUACAAUUCCGUGACAAUGCAAUCUUGCAGUUUUUGCGGCCUAAGGGAAAUAGUUAGAUAGUUAAUAAUUUCGCACAACUUUUUAAAUCUUUAAUUGUAGUUAUAUAUUGUUAAGCACAAAAUACAUGAAUAAUGGAGAAAA